AACGACGACGACGACGACGCCAGCCACCGUCGCCAUCCAUCGCCAUCGCCACCGCCAACACGCUUCCCGCCGCAGCUGCCCCCCCGCGCGCGCUGCUGUCCCCAACCCUAUCCACGAGUGCGGAAUUCUAUUCUGGCCUCUCUGCCCGCCCCGAGGCCUUGUCUGUCUCCGGCCGGUCGUCCUCCUCCAGGCGCCGCGCUCGCGCACGCGCUCGCUAGAGAAACCGCUCCCCCGAGCUCCAGCCUCCAGGUGGUGCCUGGCGCUCGCCACAACGCCGCCAUAAAUGCCAUCCAUUAAGUUGGCUCCUCCUCCCGCCAUCUAGCUAAGCUAGCCCUCUUCUCCUCUGUGCGCCCGCGCCCGCGCCCGCGGCUCGGCGCGGUUCCGUUUCCGUCGCGCGUUAGGCCGUCAGCAGCAGAUGCACACGCCGUUGGAGGCCAUGAACGGGAGGGCGCGGAGGCCAGCGGCGGCGGCGCGCGGCGCCACCAGUACCAGGGCCGCCCCGAGGAACGAGAAAGCGAUGGAGAGGGAGCAGAGGAGGCCACCUAGCUCGAAGAUGGCGCCGGUGGCCAUGAAGGCGUCCUCCGCAAAUGCGACGCCACAGGGCAUGAAGAACAGAAGCCAGUCUCGGAGGGACAGGAAAAUUGCACUGCAGCAAGACGUGGACAAGCUGAGGAAGAAGCUGCGGCAUGAGGAGAACGUCCACCGAGCUCUGGAGCGGGCAUUCACGAGGCCGCUGGGCGCUCUGCCUCGUCUCCCCCCUUUCCUGCCGUCUCAAACAUUGGAGCUUCUGGCCGAAGUCGCGGUCCUGGAGGAAGAGGUCGUCCGGCUCGAGGAGCAGGUCGUCAAUUUCCGGCAAGGACUGUACCGGGAGGCCAUCAUCACCUCCAUGGCGAAGAGCGCGUACUUCCCGGACAGUGACCACCGGUGCACGCCGGCACGGCACAAGCCGACGACGGCCCAAGUGCAGAGUUCAGAGCUGUCCACCUCGACGCGUCAAGUCUCCUCCUCCAAUCAAGACGCUGCUGAUUGGCCAUCUUUGAAGCGAGCCACCAAUGCGAAGCAGACACCAAGAAGGCCCGGCCGUUCCCUGAGCCAAGGUGACUGUCCUGGGAAGGAGAACCAGUCGUUUGGCAGUGGCACUAACUCGUGCAGAGAUUCCGGCCUGGCGCCUCUGAGUAACGUGCCAGGAGGAUGCAGGGUACAAGUAGCGGAGACAUGCGCAGGUUUUCAGACAACCAGUACAAUGGAAGACCACAAAGCUAUUGAUGGCGGCAAUGGCAUUGAUCCAGACAAGGCCUCAACGGCGGUGAACAAAGUCUCGGAGGAGCUGCUGACGUGCCUGAUGGCCAUCUUCUCGCAGAAGAGCACCUCCAGCAGCCGAGACGAGGAGCGGGUGUCGCCGCCGUCAGUCUCAGGUUCCUCCGGAAGCAGCUCAGACCCCUACGGUGUCCUAGAAUUCGGGUGGCGAAACAUUGGCCGGUACAAGCAGUUCCGAUCAGUCGUCGCCACUUCAUUCGACAGAAACAUUUCUGCCAGCGACGCAUCCGCUCUUGGCCGGAGAUUGAAGGCACUGCUCCGGAAGCUCUCCUUGGUUGACCUAGCAGGCCUCUCCCACCAGCAGAGGCUGGCGUUCUGGAUCAACACCUACAACUCCUGCAUGAUGAACGCAUUUCUUGAGCACGGAGCACCUACCAACCCCCAUAUGUUGGUGGCCAUGAUGCCCAAGGCGACCAUCAACGUCGGCGGGCGCGUGCUGAGCGCCAUGACGAUCGAGCACUUCAUCCUCAGGCUGCCCUACGGCGCGAAGCAUGUGAACACUGAAGGAUUGAAAGGCGACGGCCCGGCCGUGUUCGGGCUGGAGUGGCCGGAGCCGCUGGUGACUUUCGCGCUCUCCUGCGGCAGCUGGUCGUCGCCGGCGGUGAGGGUGUACACGGCGGCCCGAGUGGAGGAGGAGCUGGAGGCGGCGAAGCGGGAGUACCUGCAGGCCGCGGUGGGGGUCUCGCCGUCGCCGGCGGGCGGGGCAGCAGGGCUGGCGAUCCCCAAGCUCCUGCACUGGUACCUGCCUGACUUCGCCAAGGACGUGGCCUCCCUCGUGGACUGGGUGUGCCUGCAGCUGCCCCGCGACCUGCAGCGCGACGCCGUCCGAGCCGUCGAGGCGGCCGGCCGGCACGGCGUCGCCGACGCCGACGCCGACGCCGACGCCGCGUCGCACCGGCGGCCGCCCGUGCGUGUCCUGCCGUACGAGUUCAGGUUCCGGUACCUGCUGGCCCUGGCCUCGUAGAACAUUUUGUAUGUAUGUAUAUGUAUGUAUGUACAUGGCAGGUUUGGUUGGGCUGUGAUUCAUUUUGGACUGUGAUUUGUUGUUUGCUCGGGAGAGAAAAAAAUGGUCAGGGUCCAA